AUGAGUUACGUUAUUACUGCCAUUGCACAUGAAGAUAAGUACCCUAGUGGUGCCAUUGAUUCUGUUAUGGAGCUUAUAAAUAAGCUUCCCUUGAAGUUGACUUCCAUAGUGAAGUUAAGUCCAGAUAAAGCUACAGAUUUUGAAGUGGAUCUUGACAUCUCUAAAACUGGUGUAGUCAAUCCUAAGGAAUCGUUUGUGGAUGAUUUGUAUGGACAAGUUCGGGAUCAGUUGACACGCAGCUCAGUUGAUGGUGUUGACUUGAUAUUUCAGAUGAAUGAUGAGACUAGAAAGGAUAAGAAGCUAGCCGUGUUUGACAUGGAUUCCACCUUGAUCCAGCAAGAGGUGAUUGAGUUGAUAGCUGCACAAGCAAACUGUGAAAAGGAAGUGGCUGCAGUUACCAGGGCUGCCAUGAAUGGUGAAUUGGAUUUCAAGCAGUCGCUCGCAAAACGAGUUGCACUUUUGAAGGGAAUCGAGUCAGAGCACCUUUGGAAUGAUUUGAAGCCUCAAUUGAAGUUCACGCCGGGAGUCAGGGAACUAUGCAAAUUUCUAAAAGGCAAGGGCUGUAAAUUGGCUGUUUUCUCAGGAGGUUUUUUGCCAUUGGCUAACUAUGCCAAAAAGCAGUUAGAUCUCGAUUAUGCUUUUGCUAAUGUAUUGGCUACUGAGUUUAAUUCUGAGGAUAAAGAGGUAUUAAGUGGAGAGACUUUAGGGGAAGUUGUUGACGGAUUGAAAAAAAGGGAAUUGAUGGUUCAGAUCGCUUCCGAGAAUGAUAUCUCGUUGGCCAACACAGUGGCCACAGGUGACGGUGCCAAUGACUUACCAAUGAUGAAGAAAGCGGGCUUUGGAAUUGCAUGGAAUGCGAAGCCAAGGGUGCAAAAAGAAGCUCCAUCAUGUCUCAACUCGCAUUCUUUGAAAGAUGCCCUCUACAUUUUUGGAUAUAACGAUACUGAUAUCGAUAAGGAACUUAAAUACUAG